CUCAGGCCGUCAAGACAGACAGGGAAAAAUGGUGCAGCGGCUCGUAUACCGCUCACGCCAUUCCUAUGCCACGAAAUCAAACCAAAACCGUGUUGUCAAAACACCUGGUGGGAAGCUAGUGUUUCAAUCCACAAAGAAGAGGGCUAGUGGACCCAAGUGUCCUGUAACGGGAAAGCGGAUUCAAGGGAUUCCCCACUUGAGGCCUGCUGAGUACAAGAGGUCUAGAUUAUCCAGGAACAGAAGAACUGUUAACCGUGCUUAUGGUGGAGUCCUAUCAGGCAGUGCUGUCCGGGAAAGGAUUAUUAGAGCAUUCUUGGUGGAAGAGCAGAAGAUUGUGAAAAAAGUGCUGAAGAUUCAGAAAAUCAAGGAAAAGCAGGCUGCAAAGAGCUGAGAAAUACACCUCACGAAUUUAAGUCUUGUGUUUUGGUGUAGAAGUUUUGGAUACUGGUAAAAGAAUCAUGACAUGAUGUACUCUACGGGGUUUUGAAUAUUUGGCUUUGUUCACUCACUAUUGAGAGAUUUGAUAUGUUUUCCUUCGGUUUGUUAAAGUUGCAGUUUACUUCCCAGUCUUUAUUAAAACAAGUAUAUUUAACUAUUAAUAUCGAUAAUUUUUUUUUACCAUAAUAUUGAUAAAUUUAUUAGAAACAGGACGGUCAUUACAAAUUACGCAUCUCAUUAUGAAAAUUGAAAAUAACGAACAUUGUUGUGACAACAAUGAAUUGGAUAUUAAAGAACAGCUCUUGUGAAUUUGUGUAUGAGUUUUGUAUACAAAUCUCUUUAUUCUGGAAUAUGAUUGUGAUCCAACACAUUUUCAGCAGUCAACCAUUGAUUAACAAUGUUUAUCAACAAAA